AUGCUCACACUUACACUUAAAGCUGAGUUGGAGGGUGUGACUGCCCUUCGGCCAAUUGAUACAGAGGAGAAUCCCUACUACUUCACGUUCAAGGUGCAAUGCAGUUCUUGCCGCGAAACGCACCCGAACUGGGUUAGCUUCAACCGAUUCGAGCAAAAUGAGAUCCCUGGUAGCCGAGGUGAGGCCAACUUCGUGUGGAAGUGCCGACUGUGCACGAAAACCCACUCCGCCUCCAUCAUCACUGCCCCUAAGGAGUACGAUGCGCAAGCAAAGAAGGCCGAGCAAAAGAUUAUCGAGAUGGAUUGUCGUGGACUCGAGUUCAUUGAUUUCAAGGCUGAUGGUGAAUGGGAAGCUAAGGGCACUGAGUCGUCCACCCCUUUCACAGCCAUUGAUCUUCUAGAGGAUGAGUGGUAUGACUAUGAUGAGAAGUCGAGCGAGGAAGUUAGUAUCAAGGAAAUUACCUGGAAAAUUAGUCCUCACAUUUUCGCGGUGCACGACUCCAAAGACUCCCGUCCACGACCAUCACGACUAUCGCAGGAAAGAAGCUCUCACGUCCAUUUCUUUCCCAUCUACCUUCCUCAUCCAAUCGUCUGGCCGUUCGACCCGAGCAAAUUCCGCCAAAACACCACCACAAUGAGUUUCCAACCCGUUAACCCCCGCCCAUACCUCCAGGCUAGAGUCGGCACUGAGAUGAUCAUCCGCUUGAAAUGGGGCCAGACUGAGUACAAGGGUACCCUUGAGAGCAUCGAUUCCUACAUGAACGUUCUGCUGCGGGAUACAGAGGAGUACAUCGAUGGAAAGCAAACUGGAUCUCUGGGAUUGGUUCUGAUCCGAGACGAUUUCGAUGAAACGGGGGUGACGGACAUAGUUGCGCUAGACCUCUUCGCACAAAGCGGUGGUUAA